CUUUCGUGUCCCGGUUUGUUAGCUCCGCCGCCGAUGGCCGCCGAGCAGCCGUCGGAGAAGAAACCGCAGCCGGAGAAGAAGGCACCGCUCCCGAAAGUGGUCACGCUCAACAAGGCCCUCAAGCUGGCCCAAACAUGGGUGGACAAAAUGAGUGGGCAGGAGCCAGAUGAACUGAACGAUAAGGAUUUUGAGGGUCGGCCAUCAGGGCUUGGUCUUGGUGCUAGAGUCGCACCAAAUGUGAAGCGUGCAGCUCCCACUGAUCCGGUUGAGAGGAGGUUGCUCGGAAAGGUGAAUGCGCAGAAGAGAAAGUCUGCAGAGGAGGAGAAAAGAAACACUCAGGACGUGAAUGAGUCCAGCGAUGAUGAUAGCGGUGAGCCUCAAGGUAGAACCAGUGCUUGUAGCAAGAAGAGGGAACUGCCUUCUGUUACUUCACUGCCAUUACGGAAGAAGGCCAAGUGACAAUUUGUAUGCAUGAACCAUCUGAAUAUUCAUACAUAGCUUGAUGUUCUAGUCAGAGUUUUACAAGCCCCUAGGCUGGUUCUGUCCCCAUGUACUGCUUACACCCUAAAAUGUGUAUUUGCUAAAUGUCAGGGCAUAGUUGUGCUGGAUACUUCUAAUGCUUAUUGGCAAUUCAAUUCGAGAAAUUCUAGUGUCCUCCUUCUGAAA